AUGCAUCGCGGCGCCAGCACCGACGUGGUCAACAAGGCGAUCCUCUUCUACCGAGGCAAGAAGGCAGACGUCAUACAAGAGGUCAAGGAUAUCCAGCUGUCUCUUAGAGGCAGACCCAACAUUAGCAUUCGGCGGCAGGUCCAUCUAAUCUUCACCGACUGGGACGUCGCCAAGCCGUGCCUGCUCAUGUUCGUCCAGUUCUUCUUCGAGACCUUCUGCGGCGGCGUGGUGCUCAACCAGUACGCGCUCUCCGUCUUCCAAAUGGCAGCAAUGUCACUGACCCCAAGCCAAUGCGCGCAAGUGCUCGCCGUACUACAGAUGGCAGCCAUCGGCGUGUCGGGCUUCCUGCUGCACUGGUGGGGACGGCGCGCCGUGCUCAUCGGUUCGGCCGUGCUGACCGGCCUCGGGCAGCUGACCGCGGCAGCCUACUUCCAUUUCGAGGCAGCACUGAGCGCGCACACCUGGCUAGUGAUGGUCGGCAUCAUCGUUGCAAACGCCGCCAGUAUGGGCGGCAUCUCCCAGCUCUCGCACCUGUAUCUGGGCGAGACUCUCCCCGUCUCGGUGCGGCAGAUGUACGGCAGCGCCAUCUCUCUCUACAUGGGCGCGCUCAGCAUGGCCUUCAUCCACCUGUUCCCGGUGGUGUUUGCCCGCUGCCUGCUGCCCGAGACACGGGGGCUGACUCUGGAGCAGGUGCAGUUCAAACACUUCAGCACCAAGCGACGCGAAGAGGAGCCGGCAGAAGCGACGGCAGCGGCAGCCGCGGCGAAAGAGGCCCAAGAGCGGCCAGAGGAGGAGGUGGACGCGAACAAGGCGCGCCCGGACAGCGAGGAGGAGCAGCUCGAGAAUGGCACGGUGGCUGCGGCGGUGGUGAUGUCGCAGACGCACGUCGUGUUCGGCGUGUGGGUCAGCUUUGGCGGCCUCCUGAUCGCCGAGGCCCAGUCGGGGGACUCAGCCGGGACCCUCAGCCUGCAGACGGCCACCCUGGUGGCCUCUAUCGCACACCUAGGUCGCAUGCUGGGCUGCGUCGCCUCCGCCCCGCUGACGGACCGGCUCGGCGUGCUGCGCGUGAUCCAGCUGAGCGUGCCGCUGAACCUGCUGGCCUGGCCGAUGAUGACGCUCGGGGGGCGGAGCAUGAUGGUGGCCGGCGCCGUGAUGGCGGGCGCCUUCGUCGGGCUCAACGCGUCUGGAGGGCGACUGUAUAUCGCUGAGGUGACGUCAAACCGCACACGCGGAACGCUCUGCUAUUUGCCCGGAGUGGCCAUUGGACUCAGCCUGUUGGUCAACUUUUCCGUCAGUGCUGCCAUCCCGUGGCGAUAUGCCACACUACUCUGCGGCUGCACGCCAUCUGUUGUGCACUUUCUCGCCUUCACCACCAGGUGGCUGCUGAGCCGCGGGGGCCGCGAGAAGGAGGCGCAGCGAGCGAUCGCCUUUUACCGCGGCAAGCGGGCUGACGUCGCCAUGGAAACCAAACACAUCCUGCAGGUGCUGCGGGGCCGGCCGACUCCAAACAUACUCCAGCAGGCCCGGCUCAUCUUCACCGACUGGGACGUGGCCAAGCCGUGCCUCCUGCUGCUGGUGCAGUUCUUCUUCGACUCCUUCUGCGGCGGCAUUGUGCUGACGCAGUACGCGCCCGGGCUCUUCCGCAUGGCCGUCAGGUCGCUGGCGCCGGCCCAGUGCACCCAGCUGCUGGCCGCGCUGCAGGUGCUGGCGCUGGUCGGCUCCGCCUGCCUGCUCCGCUGGUGGGGACGACGCACCGUGCUGAUCGGAGCCGCCUCCGUCGCCUGUCUCGGCAUGCUCACCGUGGCGGCCUUCUUCAAGUUCCAGGCAACGCUGGGUCUCCACACCUGGCUGGUGGUGGUCGGCGUCGUGCUGGCGAACGCCGGCAGCUUGGGCGGCGUGUCGGCCCUCUCCCACCUCUUCUGCGGCGAGCUGCUGCCCCUGGCCGUGCGCCAGAUGUUCGGGAACGUCCUCUCGCUCUACAUGGGCGCACUCGGUAUGACCUUCAUCCACCUGUUCCCGGUGCUGCGCGAGGCGCUGGGUCUGUCGGGCCUGUUCGCCGCCCUGGCCGGCACGCGGGGGCUGACUCUGGAGCAGGUGCAGUUCAAACACUUCAGCACCAAGCGGCGCGCUGAGGAGGAGGCGGAAGCGACGGCAGCGACGACAGAGACGGCCGCGGCGAGAGACGCUCAGGAGCGGGGGCCGAGCGGCGGCGAGGAGCUCGCGCAAAGCCGAGACCAGGAGCUCUGCGCGAACGGAGACCUAGCGCCGCAAACCAGCCGGGACGAGCAGCGGCGACCGAGUACGGUCGAGCUCAGAGGAAGUCGAGACGAAGAGCGCCGAGCGAGCUGGGACCAUCCCGAAGAAGGCGAGCUCGGAGGGAGGGAAGCGCACGAGCCCGGAUCGAGCGGACCCUCCAGCCCGCAGGAGGUCUGA